UUAAACAUCACCCGGAAGUACAGUACUUCGUCGAGGUCAAUGAUUUGUUUGUUGUUCGUCAAAGCACAGAUAGAUGAGUAGAACAUCUUUGGUAAAAGUAGUGGGAUGUGCAAAUGUUGGCUAUCUAUAGAAAACGGGUUUAGUUUGCUAGCUAACUAGUAUAGUAUUAGCUAGCUUGCAUAAAGAUAUCAACCUUUUUAGCUACGUUGUAAACCCUCAGUGUAUAUUCUAGGCUUGGUCACUCCUAACAUUAGCAUCAAACUCUUUAGGUAGCUAACAGUAGCUUGUUUCAGUGGCUUCUUUUUCUUUGCAAACUAGCUAUGGAUAUCAUUAUUGAUCCAGCAUCAGAACAAGAUCUCCCUCUGUUCUCCUUGCGUCUCCUGGUUCCACCUCUACGACUGAUGUCAGCUUUCAUGUGGCAAGUGGCUCAAGAGCGUAAUGUGAUGCAGUAUGGGAAGCUGGAGGAGUUUGUGACUUUGGUGACAGAGAUGGUUCCAGAGCUGCUGAGCUCCAGGCAGAGGACCCAACUCAUCCUGGGACUGAGGGCAAGGAUGGUUUUAGAGUUGUGUUGCAGUGUGGGCGGAGCUGACCUCCUGACCAUCCAGGCCCACCUGGACAUAAUCCACACGUUGACAGAAAAAUCCUUACACAAAGAGAGUCAUGGUGAUGAAUUGGAGGCUUCAGAUUCUAACUUUGUGGAGCUAGUCCAAACCCUGCUGGAAGACCCUUCUGAGAGGGAGCAUUUCUUCCAGGAGGUGUUCCCAGUCCACUAUGGCCCUCGGUAUGACACAGCGCUGCAGACACUGGUGUGGGAGUUCCUCUCCAAACUGGAGGAGCUGCUGCCUAUACCAGACCUCACGCAGACAACAGCAUGGCUCAGUGCUGCCCCCUCUGUCCUGGAGGGAUGUGGACAGACUGUCUUUGACCCUGAACAACUGAAGACAGUGCUGCAGCACCAUCAGCGUCAUGGAAACCUGAACAAGAGUCAUGUCUCUAAAUACACUGCAGAUACCAUCCUGUCCACACUGUCCAUCCCUCCGAAAAUGAGAGUUGUUAUUAACUACGAGCCAGACAACUCUGACAAUGUGAGGCCAUACUCAGAUGACAAUGAAUGCAUAGAUAAGGGGGUAGAGGUCAGUGAAUAUGAAGAUCACAAUGAAAUCCUGGAUGAAGACACUGAUAGAUGUUUGGAGGAUCUAGGGCUGUCAACAUCAGAAGAACAGGAACAGGAGGGUCUGUCACCUGCAGAGACCUCAGUGUUGGUUACUCCAGUACCCUGUGAUGAAUUGGACUUGGAUCAUUCUCUCAACGUAAUGGUGAAUGCUGACGAGCCAUGCCAGGUUCUUACCCGCACUCUGCCUCCGUUCUCUCACAGUGAAAUUGCCAACCUCUGCAAGACCGACCAAGUAGAAAAGGACAGAAAGCAGGUUGACAAGAAAGAAGAGGUGGUCAGAAAGGGGGACAAAAAGAAUGAGAUCAAAGCAGUUGACAAGAAAACAAAGGUGGUCAGAAAGGGAGACAAAAAGAGGGUGAUCAAAGCGGUUGACAAGAAAAAAAAGGUGGUCAAAAAGAGGGUGAUCAAACCGGUUGACACGAAAAAAGAGGGAUCCCCUGCACCCCAAAACAGGACUCAUACAUGUGAGUGUGGGAAGGUUUUCAAAAAACCAUCACUGUUGACGCUACAUAUGGGAGUUCACACGAUGCCACAUCAUUGUGACCAGUGUCCCAAACGAUAUGCUACUCCUGGGGCACUGAAAAAGCACCAGCUACUUCACACAGAAGAAAGACCAUUCGCAUGUGAACACUGUGACCGGAGGUACAGGAGUGCUUAUGAUCUCAAAGUGCACGUGCGCAUUCACUCUGGGGAGCGACGUCACAUGUGUACUGUCUGUGGCAAGAGGUUUACCCAGCAGUGUGCACUAGUGAGACACACGCGAAUGCAUGCUGGGGAAAAGAAUUAUUUAUGUAGCAUAUGUGGUAAGGCAUUCCUUACCUCAGGAGAACUGCGGUUGCAUACACGAACGCACACAGGAGAAAACCCCCACACCUGUAAACAUUGUGGAAAGGGUUUCAAAGUAUCUUGCCAUCUUACGGUUCAUCUGCGAUCUCACACAGGCGAGCGUCCUUACACCUGCACCCAAUGCCCCAAGUCUUUCACUACCUCAGACUCUCUUAGAACGCACAUAUAUACACACACUGGGGAGAAACCUCACCGGUGCUCAGAGUGUGGGAAAGCAUUUACUCAAAGGGGUAAUAUGGUAAAUCAUAUGAGAAGAGUUCAUAGACCGGUUAAGAUUCUCCAAAAGUACUCCCAACACAGACAAAGUCUCGUAAAAAAAAAAAAUUGAGAACAAAAUAAACUAUGUAGGAGUUAAUUCCAAUGUAAACACUAGCAGUAUACACAUGAUUUUACAGGUCCUCUUUUGUAUAUCAGAUUAUCAUACCAAAACAUGUUUUUCAAUAAACUUCUUCCGAUUUUUCAUGUCUACACAUGAUAUUCGAGACGACAAAUAACGAUAAUGAUUUUAGAAGCGGGAUUAUGAUUUACAUUGACCCAAUUUAAAAUGGUUUAAACCUCCAGAUUCCUUUACACUUGUAAAAUAUGCAGAAACAAUGCAUCCCCAACUACCUCCCGUGUUGUUCAGGGAGAUCUGAAAACUUUCGGUUCAAGAUGUCUUUUUAAUUGUGUACAAUUAAUUGUGUAAAAAAUGUGGGCACAAUCAGAAUGUUGAAGAUCAGAAUUUAUGUUAGAGCAAGGUAUAAACGGGCUUGAUUCAAUCUGUAUUGCAGAAUGAUCGCAGAAGAUUUGCGUUAUAGCGCGAUUAAAAUUGAAAGGCACUGUUCCUGUGUUUGCGGAGACUGUGUUCAUGGUAAACACUGCAUAUGUCGACUCAAUCGGAAAUAACCUUUAAAUUUGAACACAGAUCUUCUGUGAUACGGAUUGAAUCCAGCCAUAGUCUAUACAUUUCUCUCCCAGAUCUGCAAAACCAGUGGUCCAGGGUUCAAAUCCAUCUUUUCUUAUGUGUUGGAUUAUUGAGAUACAUACACACUAUGACUCAACAAAUCUGCCAAUCCUCAAGUGGCGCAUUGGGAUUGUUCCAAGACACAAAAUCAUUUGUGGACAGACAAGAUUGUAGCGUCUAAUCCUCUCAAUUCCUAAUUUCUUUACAUUUGGUAAUAUCAUUAAUUGAACGAGUCAGCUGUGACACAAUAUUAGUGCUGCAGGACAACAAAAUUAGUUCAAAUAUUGUCUUUUCAUUUGAGUUGAAGUCCGCUACAACACAAGGACAAACUUUCAACACUGGUCUAAAUGUAUUAAGCAUUUCAUAUAUCAGUUUAUUACAAUGAUGUCAUGGAUGUGGCAAAGUCAUUUCUCUCAGAUGUUUGUGGGGGAAAAGAAGUAGAACAUGUCAUUCUCAUACAUGACAGCUCCGUCCGAAAUGUUGGCAGAACUUCCUUCCAAUCAUUUACUCUUUGGGCUGGUUUCCCGGACAUAUCGUCAGCCUAGUCCUAGACUAAAAAGUGUGUUCACGGGAGAUUCUCUAUUGAACGUCCUUCUCAAUCCAAAACUAGGUUUAAGGCUGGAUUUAAUCCGUACCGUUGAAAAGCUGCGCCACAGAGUUUCUAAACCCAGAGACUUCCGGGAAAGCUUGUGAAACAGACCAAGCAAACCAGGCUGUGGUGAGAGAAGUGAAAAAAUAUGAAUUAGUUAUAAAUUUAAAGGCACAACCUAGCUUCGAGACAAUAUUUUAAGAAAUUAAACAUGUUAUUACUCCAACCUCGUGAAAGUGACACACUAACGUUUUAAUUUUUGCGCCUUUGGAAACCUGCGCAUGCGCAGUACGGUGCGAGAUGACCGUUAGACCCGAUGACGUGUUUCCAACGUUGCCAUGACAUCGCCUACAAGUCUGGGCAGGUAUUUCUUUUGGAGAAGCAGUUUAUGCCUUCGUUACUGUCUUUUGCUGCACAAUAGAAAUGUAAAGGCAAUGUUCCCGCAUUCGUGGAGACAGCAUUCAUGGUAAACGCUGCAUAUGUCGGCUCAAUCAAAAAUUAUAUAAACAUUUCAAUUGCGCUAGAGCGCUACAGAUUGAAUCCAGCCCUUAAUCUGUGUCUAGAAAACCGUUGAUUAUAGACAUGUUUACGAAGACAGGCCCAAAAGACUUCUGAGAACACCAUACUCAGUUGGUGCAACAUUUAAGAACAGUCCUAAAAGAUUUCAGUGCAGUCAUUCCAUGUCAUUUCAGCGAGCAAUGACACCCACCAUCUCAGAUUGUUCAGAAAUAGUUUGUUAGAAACAGGUAAGAUUGGCAUUCCUAAAACAUUAUUUUAUUGAAAUAGAAUUUAAUCAAAAUAAUGUUUCAGGAAUGCUAAUCGUAUCUGUUACUCACUACAGAAACCAUUUCAGAAAAACCUGAGAUAGUGGGUGUCGAAAUCCUCAUGUGCUUUUUGAUGUGAAACGACCCUGCAACUUUGGGCCUUUAUUCGUAAGCUGUGUCUAAUAACCACCAAAAGAUGGGGCACUUUUUAGGGUUUAAAAACCCUAUUUGUUUACAGUUUGAAUUUCAGUGUCCUCUGACAUAUUUGAGUGAAUGCACUGGUCUGGGACCAAGACAUGCCACUGUAGAAGACAGAGCCAUGCAGUCCGUAACAUACACUGUGAUAAACAGUAUACUUCCAGACUUAUAACUCCA